AUGCAUACACUCUUCGGCGAAGCCAUUCUCAGUCCUGGGCCCAAGACCGUGCCUCCAAGCAAGCCAAAUCCAUUCGAGCUCUCGUUUCAAUCUAGCGUUGCGACCAGCUAUACAGACUCAUCAUCGAGUUCAAACGGCAAGAACGAUUGGUUGACACAAUAUCACCAGGCACAAGAUCGACUUUCUGGAGAACCAGCCAACCAAGCCAGCAAUGAUGCUACAAGCAGAUACGGCCACGCCGGGCAUAAAGGCAACCCCAAACUGCUCUUCAUGGGUUUGAGAAGAAGCGGCAAGUCAUCUGUACAAAAGGUCAUCUUCGAGAAGUUCUCCCCAGCAGAGACCCUCUUCCUAGACCCAACCACCAAAAUCGAGACAGCAAAGAUGGACUCCUUCAUAAAAUUCGAAAGCUCCGAACUCCCAGCAAACCUCUCCUACCUCGCGCUCGACUUCGACCACGAAGGCGUCUUCGGCUCCGUAGGCUCCCUCAUCUGGGUCCUCGACAUGCAAGACGAAUACUUUCAAUCCAUCAGCAAACUAAUCGAAACAGCAACCUUCCUCCUCGAACACUUCCCCCGCAUCAACUUCGAAGUCUUCAUCCACAAAACCGACGGCCUCAGCGAGGAAUACAAACACGACACCUUCCGCGACGUGCGCCAGCGAGUCCAAGACGAACUCAGCGACGCGGGCUACGGCGACCGCGGCGUGGCGUUCUACCAGACUAGCAUCUUCGACCACUCAGUCUACGAAGCGAUGAGUAAAGUCGUGCAGAAACUGCUACCCCAGCUACCCGUCAUGGAAGCGUUGCUGAACAGACUCUGCUCUGCGUGUCGAAUCCAGAAGGCGUAUUUAUUCGACACAAUCUCGAAGAUAUACCUAGCAACAGACGCCAGUCCAACCUUCCUCAAAGACUACGAAGUCUGCUCCGACUACGUCGAUGUCAUCGUCGACAUCAAGCAGAUCUACGGCUGGCAGGGCCGGGGGAGCCACCAGGAUGGGUCCCAGAGCCAGACGUCGAACUCGACUGAGAGCAGUGCGGCCGUUGGCGAGAGUCUGAUAACGUACGACAAGAGUGGCAAUACCUACAUCUACGCCCGGGAGAUCAACGAAUACCUCUCCCUAAUCUGCGUCAUGGGCCAAGGCAGCACGGCCGACAAACGCAUGCUAAUCGACUACAACGUGACAAUCCUGCAAGAAGCACUGCAGCAAAUGUUCAAGCUGUGA